GGUGAUAAAAGAGACAGAGGAGGAAGGCAAAAGAAUAGUCAAAAUAACAAAAAAAGAUCGGUAACAAAACAGCAAAAACACAAAAGAAAUGUAAAGUAGAAAAUUUAGGGAUAAAGGUCCAAUACUCAGCAAAGGAAAACAGAGGAAUUUAUACACAGUUGGACAAUCUCAACAGUCAGAUGAUGCAGCAUGUCUGAGGUAAACACAGGUGCAUUCUGGGAAAUGCAGUCUUUGAUCAUCUCCACUGGUUGGGGAGCUCUGUGUUUCUGGUUGGUGAUGAACUGAUGCCAUCUAGUGGAGAAAGUACACAGCACCUGGAACACAAACCUGACCGUCUUCUCUUUUAAAGCCCCUCCCACUAAACUCUCCCUCAACCUGAAAGGGCAAGUCUCACAGCUUUCCCUGAACCUUUAUUAGGAGCAACUCAGUCCUUCAGAACGGAUCUAAAACCCACUCAGUUCCAGCACUUCAGCAGUUUAGAGGAAAUGUCUAGUAGGAACCCUCACCCAGAAGAAGAGUUCUCAUGUCCUGAAUGUUGCCAGAACCUCAGGGAUCCAGUGGUUCUGUCAUGUAGUCACAGAGCGUGUAGAACCUGUCUCCAGCAGUUCUGGGAUUGUAGGGGGUCUCAGGAAUGUCCAGUUUGUUGGAAAAGAUUCUCAGAAGAAGCUCUGCAGAACUCGUGUAAGGCUUUUCCAGAGAGCGCAAUUCUGGGAUCUUCAGCAGGGUCCGAGGGGGUCUGUGGUCUGGGGUCUUCAGAAGGGUCCGAGGGGGUCUGUGGUCUGCACAGCGAGAAGAUCAGUCUUUUCUGUUUGGAAGAUCAGCAGCUGGUGUGUGCCGAGUGUCCGAAUUCAGACCAACACAGAAACCACACCCUCCGUCCAACAGGGGAAGCAGCGAUUGACCUCAAGAAACAGCUGCAGGAUGCUCUGCAGGAGAACCUGGAUCUCCUAAAGACGACUAAAGAAGACUAUGGCCGAACCGCAGCCCACAUCAAGGUUCAGGCCGAUCACACCGAGCAGCAGAUAAAGCAGCAGUUCCAGAAGCUUCAGCAGUUCCUGAGAGAUGAAGAGGUAGCGAGGAUCAGAGCACUGAGGGAGGAGGAGGAGCAGAAGAGUGGGGAGGUGAAGAGGAAGAGUGAGGAGCUGGAUGGAGAGAUAUCAGCUCUGUCAGAUGUGAUCAGAACUCAGGAGGAAAAGAUCGGAGCUGAUGACGUUCAGUUCCUGCAGAACUUCCAGUCUGCAGAGAACCAAGUUCAGCCCUCGAUACCAGAAAACACAUCAGGAAAUCUGAUCAACGUCUCCCAACAUCUGUCCAACCUCAGCUUCAGAGUGUGGGAGAAAAUGCAGGAGAUAAUCCAGUACACUCCCGUCACUCUGGACCCCAACACUGCAGAAGACUCCCUCCACCUGUCUGAAGAUCUGACGGAGGUGGAGGACACGGACGGACGAGAGCCGGUUCCUCGUAAUCCUGAGAGAUUCGAUCUGUACCAGUGUGUUCUGGGUUCUGAGGGGUUUAACUCGGGGACACACUGCUGGGACGUGCAGGUGGGGGACAGUGAGGACUGGGACGUAGGCGUGGUGUCGGCGUCUGUAAGGAGGUCUGGAGACUCGUUCUGGGGGUCGGCCUGGACUCUGGGUUACGAGGAGAACAGUAACGAGUACUGCGUUCACCGUCCGGGAGAACCGGAUCACUUCUUCACCCCCGACCAGCCGGUUCAGAGCGUCCGAGUUCAGCUGGACUGGGAGGCGGGAAAACUGACCUUCACUGACCUUCAAACCAACGCUGACCUUCACUCUAUAAACCACGCCUUCACCGAGAAACUCCUGCCUCUGUUUCGCAAUUUAUCUCACGCUCCUCUGAAGAUCUUAGCGGCGCAGACGUCCGUCAGAGUGGAACAGCGGAACAGAAUCAUAUAGAUUUUUAUUAUAAUAUUUCUGUUAUAAUACCAAAUGAUAUCUCUAAUCAGUUGGCUAAAUGUAUUAUAUUAUAGUAUUAUAUUAUUCGUACUAAAUAUAAAACACACACUAGUGGUUACAUCACCAGGAAUAAUAUAAUAUAUUAAUAUAUAAUACAUGAUAUAUAGAAUUCAUAUAACCAGGUGAAUGGUUGGAACUAUGUUUAUGACAUAUUCAUGGUUAUUCUGGAAAAUGUUUACCAUUUAUGUUAACACUUAAAAUUGCUUUGUUCACUAUUGACCAAUGAAAUGAAGAAUCACUGUGUAUGGGAUUGUAUAACCUGUGUUACUUUAGAGAUCUCUGUGUAUCUGCUGAGAGAUCCUACACAGGUGGGAAUUCUUAAUAAAUAGAAUGAAAUUGU